UUUAUUAUUAUGUAUUUUUUACCAACUGUUGAUAUUUAUUACUGAUUACUUAAUAGCCAUGUAGGUAUUUUUAAAUUAAGUUAAAUCAAAUAUCGUCCAGGUAAUGACUGCAAUAAUUUCCAUUUAUAUUUUCAUAAAGGUGAUAACAUAGACAGCGACGGUUACAAAAAAAUGUAAAAACCAUCUAUCUCUUUAACUUUUUCGGCGUAACAGACAAUUGUUACAAACAUGAGUUCCGGAUUUGUUUCGGAAACAGAGCUUGCCGAACGGCGCAGAAUUCGUCAAGAAGAAUGGGACAAAGUUAGAACAGCUGAACAGCCUUUGGUGGUACCCGAAGAACAGUAUGAUCAUCGAUCAUUGUUCGAUAGACUCGAAGAACAACGCAGAAAAAAAGAAUACGAAUAUGAAGAAACUCAUAAACUCAAAAACAUGAUUAGAGGACUGGAUGAUGAUGAAGUAGGAUUUCUUGAACUAGUUGAUAAAACAAAAAUGGAUGAAGAAAGACGUCAAUUAAUUGAAGAGGCCAGACAGAUUGAAGAGUUUCGUUCAAAAGUAUCAACUCUUCAGUGUGAAACUGUAGUUUCUCCAUUAGUGGCCUCUAUUCCUAAACCACAGACUUUGAAAAAUAGUGUAACAAGAAAAACACAGAGUAAACUAUUAGCUGGUGCAAUCGUAAAGAAAAGAACAUCUGAAGAACCUACUAAUCCUUCAAAAAAACUUAAACCUACCACUGAUGAUUCUAAAAUAUUACCAGAGAAAUCAAUAGGUGAAACCAAAUCUAAUAUUUUACCAGGUCUUGCAUAUUCAGACAGUUCUGAUAGCGAAGAUGACUAGUUCCUUGUAUACACUUUAGAAAUUUAGGAAAGUAAGAACUUUUCAGUUAAAUAACAACUAAAAUAUUUAAGUGUUUCAUAAAUUCAACUGUUAUUUAUAUUUCGACUUAAUAUUAUACGUAUAAGUCUAACAGUAUACAUUUAAAAUUAUAUAACAUAAAUAAAUUGAAUUGCCUAAUUGUUUUUCGUUUUGUAUUUUUAUGAUAAAAGAUGUAAAAUAUAAUCUCAUCAAAUAUAUCCUCAUUAUUUUGUUAUGAUA